AUGACUCCCGGUAUCAGCAAGCGCGAGCAGGCGCGGCAUGAAAGAACCCUGGGGGAGCUGAUCCGGACCAUUCCUGGCAAUGACCGAUGUGCCGAUUGCGGUGCCUGGAACCCAGGAUGGGCUAGUUGGAACAUUGGCAUCUUCCUUUGCAUGCGUUGCGCCACACUGCACCGAAAGCUGGGCACACAUAUUUCCAAGGUUAAAUCUUUGAGCAUGGACACAUGGACAGCAGACCAAAUUGAUAACAUGAAAGCGCAUGGUAACACCAUUAUGAACCAAUUGAACAACCCGCGCGGCAUCAAGCCGCCAGUUCCCACCGACGUGGACGAGGACGAUGCGUGCAUGGAACGGUUUAUCCGGCAGAAAUAUCAACACCAUUCCUUGGAAAAUGGGAAGCCAAAGCCCCCGAGCAGGGAGGACUCGAGUUACUCCAGCCAAAGGGCCCAGUCCCCCGUGCAGCCAAGAAGGAGGGACUAUGACAUAUCUCCUGAAGGUUCUCCUCCUCCGCUUCCGCCCAAGCCAGGAAGGUUUUUCAAGUUUGGUCUACGCUCGUCAUCCUCUACCUCGAACCUCCGCCGAUUUGGUGGCAAGCCCAAGGUGACUUCGCCAAACUCGGACGAUGAAACCUGGUCACCACCACCAUUGCCAUCCAGGAGGACAACAGGACUUGGUGCGCCUGUCGCUGAUGUAACAACGGCAUCCUUUGAGGCCAAAAUGGCGGCGUUGCAGCAGAUGGGAUUCACCAAUGACCGACGAAACGAGAUGGUUCUCAAGGGACUGCAUGAGGAUCUGGAUCGAGCGGUCGAAACACUUGAAAGGUUGGGUGAGGGGGGCACCCCUACAUCAAGAGCCAGGACCCCGGCCGGGACAAGCAGUGCUGCAUCCGCACGCGUCUCGAAGUUUGAGACGUCCAAAAACCCAUUCCCCGUCACAACCGACAACACAUUCCCUGAGGCUUCUAACAACCCAUUUGAUCGGGCUGUCUCAAAUCCUGUGGCCAAGUCGCAAACCCCUCAACCACAGACUACUCCGUACAACCCAUUCGAUCAACUCAACUCGAACCCGGCAUCUACACAGCCUUUCCAGGGCCUGCAGGUUUCCCAGCCAUUGUUCCCUCACUCUACUGGUGGAUAUCCGAAUCAGACAAGCUCCAUGCAGCACUCUCCAUAUCAGGGGCCCUAUACGCCUCCGGUCACAGCGACAUUCUCGCGGUCUCCCUAUGUUACCUCGCCUCAGCCAAUGGACAAUAGCUACAAUCCAUUCGACCAGGCACCGCCGCAGCCGCAAGGUGGCUUGGCUAAUCAGACAUACCCCAACCCUAAUGCACCGCAAACGAACCCUUUCUUCAACACUGCGCCUCAAAACCAACAAAUGCAGCCGCAACAGCAACAAAUGAAUCCGCUCGUAAUGAACCCAGGUGGCUUUCAACCGCCUCGCCAUGCAAAUACUAUGCCGGUCAUGUCUUCCGCCUCGCCAUUUGGACCGAAUGCUUCUCUCCAAGUACAGCAGCAGCAGCAACAACAGCUGCAGCCAUCAAAUGGACUGGGAGCUCACAACCCGUUCCAGCAAGCGGCGCCCAACACACCACAGGGCGCAGGCGGCUACCCCAGCCAAUUCCAGUCCCACCUGCAACCCCAGCAGGCCCAGCAAUCUAUGGCUCAACCCACUGGAAUGGACAGAAACAACAUUCUUUCAAUGUACAAUAUGGGUCCUACACAGUCUAAUAUGACAUCCAUCCCCGAGCAAGCUCAGCAGACUCAGCAACCCCAGCAACACCAACAACCUCAACAACCUCAACAGUACCAACCCCAAGCCCCCACGAUGAACCCAUACUCUCAACCAUCAAACCCAUACAACUCCAUGCCUCAGACCCAACAAGCCACAAACUUCCAGCACCAGAAUCAGAACCAACUCCAGCCCCAGCAAAAUUUCCAGUCCCAGCCUGAUACAUCCAACAACCCAUUCUUUGGCACCACCUCCACAGGCAGCGGAUCCGGCCUUGCCGCACAAGCAGGUAUCAACCCAUCUCAGCAGCAACCCUCAGGGCUAGGAAUUGGCGGCAUGAAUGGUCAACCCGGGAUGGGAGCUGCUUCCGGAACCACUCCAGCCAUGGGAACGAACAACUCCCCAUUCUCAGGAAUGAGCGCCCCCUCCUUUGUAGGAGCAAACAGUACUCCAUUUGCUGGAGGCCAGUCCCCCUUUUCAGGCCCCCCACCCGCGAACUCGGCAUAUCCUCGGACACACAUGAGUCAGCCGAGCGUCGAUGUGAAUGGGGUGCAGAAUGGUCGCCAUAGCCCCGAUGCCUUUGCUAGUCUGAGUGCUCGCUAUGGUUGA